UGAAUUAAACAAAAAGUACAUUUCAGGUAGUUAUGUUUCCGCUACCAUGUGUUAUUAUUUGGAUAAACAAUCAUAUACAAUACAACAAAUGUCGUGUGAAGGGACAUGUUGUGGGGACAAUGGACAAGACGGAGAAAUAUGCUGUGGCGCUACUUGGUCUACUGGUUUAAUCGCUGGUGUCUGUGUAGGUUGCAUUGGUGUGAUAGUAACCGCAGUUGCUGUAUGUGUGUAUGUUUGGUUGACGUUGAAGAAGAAACGUAAGUCUGGAAUUGAGCCUCAAUCAAAUGGCAAUGCGAACAUAGAACUUCAGUUGAACAACAAUCCUGUAGGUCAUUCUAGAAUAAGUAUUAGAAACGUAUCUCCCUCGCUGUCACAUAACAGUCAUGAUAUGCCGCCACCGUACAGUCCAAGUUUGACUAGACAAGCACAUGGUCCAGGUUUGAAUCCUACAAGACCAGUAUCAGGUCACUCACAAACAUCGCAAGUUUCGUGUAUAAAUGAACCUGACAGAAUAGGAAAACCAUCUCUACAGCCACCCCCAUACACUGCACAAACAAUGAGGUCACCGGCACGUGCUGGGCGACUAGCUCCGCAUGUAUACACGUUUCAACCAUCACCGGCAAGAAGUCUUGCACCGUCAAGGGCUUGGUAGAUAGUUUAUACGAGUAUAUUGUACAAAAGUAGCAGUGUGCCUGUAACGGAGUUUAUAUAACUUUUAUCAUCAGAUUACAGUAAUAGAAAACUUCUAAUAAAUUACUAUUUUGUUUCAAUAUUAUGUUAAUAGGAAGACCAGUUUUUGGCAAUUGUUAUAAAACAGCAGUAAGAAAUCAUUUUAAAUUUGUUAUCAUUCAGCUAUAGGGAAAAUCAUACUGUAGUUUCUCCCAACUGUGUGGCAAAGAUACUUUCCUUUAUGACAUGUAAUAUUUUCCAUAAUCAAAUGUAUGUAUUAAAUCUGCUCCACAUUGCCCCUUUACACGGACCAGACUCUAUUAGCUGAAGAU